AUGAAAUGUUUAAUUGCGAUCUGCCUCUUUACGCUUAUAUCCAAAGAUGUGCAAACGCUGCUGCUGAACCAAAUGGAUUGGAAAAAUCUGCUAAACAGUGGAGCGCUGGAUGUGAACGUGUUGCGGUGUUUUCUGCGCGACAAAAACUUUUGCCCCAGUCCCUACAUACAGCAUCGUCUCUAUGCGCCCAAUGGGCCGCGAGUCGGGCUGCCGCUGAACAUACACAAUCCGUUGACCCUGUACAAGGGCGGCUUUAGCAAUCAGCGCGAGACGGUCUUCAUAGUGCAUGGCUUUAAUGGGACGGCGGUUGACAGGCAUCUGCAAUUUCUGCGGGAUGCAUAUUUGUCGAGGGAAUUUAACGUGAUCACUGUCGAUUGGCGCCCUUUGACACGUUAUCCGUGCUACCUGCACUCGCUUAUCAAUACCCGCUUAACGGCUCAGUGCACCGCACAGGUGUAUUCGUUUCUCACUCAUUAUGGCGCUGAGCGAGAGAAAAUCACAUGUGUGGGCCAUUCGUUGGGCGCCCACAUUUGCGGAAUGAUUAGCAAUCACUUGACGAAGAAGCAAUAUCGCAUCAUUGGCUUGGAUCCGGCACGUCCACUGAUUGAGCGCAAGAAGAGCAAUCGAUUUCGACUCUCGCAUGAUGAUGCCAGCGUUAUACAGGUGCUCCAUACAAAUGCCGGCUACCUGGGCCAGGAGGAUAAUACGGGGCAUCUCAACUACUGUGUGAAUGGAGGCCGUGUUCAGCCGUUCUGCAAAGGAAAUCCGAUUAGACGUUAUCGUUGUUCGCAUUUUCUGAGCAUUUGUUACCUGGCCACUGCCACUAUGAAACAUUCGAAGUUUAUGGGCGUGCCCUGUCCAAAUGGCUGCGUCAAUUUAUCAGGGCCUAAACGCUUGCCAGUCAACGGUAAAGUUAACCCAUUUGAGUUUAUAUCAUUGCUGCGAGAGUAUAAAAUAGGAAAUGAUGCGCCAGACGAAGCUCGUGGCUGCAUUUGCAUUGAUGUACCAUUUGCUAAGCACUGUCCUUUUGUGGAUUCAUAGAAGUAGUCAUUAGUUUUAGGUAAUAAUUCUGCUGUAAGCUAGUUAUUAAUAAUAAAAUG